UUUUCUAGGCAUCGAAAAAAUUUCAAAUUUUGGGUGAUUUAUGGAGAAUGGAAUCAACUUCCCAAUUUCAAAAUUUUAUGUUGAAUUUGUGAAAUUUGUUUGAAAGGAGCUGCCGAUUCGAAUUCUGACGGGAAUUAGAGAUCGGAUUCAGCUCGUUGUUGAUGUGUAUACUGAGAAGCUGAAGCAUUAAUGUUCAAUCGUAGCCGGGAUUUAAUCAAUCUUGCUUCCGCCGCCGCCUGCUUCCACCCAUUCAUCCACAUUCAGGCGCGGAAUCUCGUCAACGUGAAGCUCAAGUGGGUAAAAGACGCCGCACUUGAUCCCGUAGUUUCCGGCAGCAUUCAUCUCAAAGCUACCUGUACCCUAAUUUCUCUCAUAGCCUCCGCCUCCAAUCUCUCUCUCCCCAUCCACCGCCUCUCCCGCCACCGCCGCCACCUCAACCUCCCUUCCGACCUCAAACUCUCCACCUUCAUCCGUCGCUACCCCAACAUUUUCCACGAAUUUCACCUCCCCGAUUCCAGCGGCACCCCUGUUCCGUGGUACAGAUUAUCGCCCGAAGCUUCGGAUGUUCGCUCUCAGGAACUGCGUGUUGUGUGUGAGGAUUGCUACGUGGAUAUCUUGAACAGGCUCCGGAAACUGCUUAUGCUCACAAGGGAGAGAUUGCUCCCUCUCCAGACAAUCGAUCAGCUGUGGUGGGAUUUAGGGUUGCCACUCGAUUUCGAGGAUAAGUUCAUCCGUAAGCAUCCGGAUUUGUUUUCGUACGUGAGGCUUCCUGAUGAUCGCGUGGGAUUGAAACUGCUAGCUUGGGAUGAUCGCUUGGCAUUGUCGAAUUUGGAGUCGAGGAGCUCGAUUAGUUCGGGAAAUAACGAGCCUUUGUCGUUUCCCAUUGGAUUCACGAGGGGCUUUGGGCUGAAGAGGAAGUGUAUGGAGUGGCUGCACGAGUGGCAGAAGCUGCCUUACACUAGCCCUUACGCAGACGCGUCUCAUCUGGAUCCGAGGACUGAUGUGGCCGAGAAGAGGCUUGUUGGAGUGUUUCAUGAGCUUCUCCAUCUCACAAUACACAAGAAGAUUGAGAGGAAGAACUUGAGCAACCUUCGCGCGCCUCUUGCCAUGCCUCAGAAGUUCACCAAGGCGUUUGAAAGGCAUCCGGAGAUCUUCUACAUUUCGAAGAAGGGGGCGACGCAGACUGUGGUGCUGAGAGAGGGGUACGAGCGUGGACAGCUGGUUGAGAAGCACCCACUGGCUGAUAUUCGGGAUAAGUACGCGAGCAUGAUGAAGAGUGGAUUUUUGGAUAGAAGCCGGGGAGUGUACAAGAGGGAGAGGAAGGGUUGUGAGUUCGAAUUCGAAUCUGAAUCAGAGGCAGGUUGUAAUGAGCUUUCAGAAUAUGAAUCUGAUGAAACUGGUUAGAAGUUGUAGUAGUCUGCCAAUUUGUAGGAAACUUGUCAUGAUUUUCUUGUAUGCUCAGCACAAUUUUUAUUGAUGUGAUAAUAGUAUUUGUUUGUGCAUUUAAGUC